AUGAGGUUACGCACCACCACGGAGCCCUGGUCACAACUCGCCCCAAGCAGGUCGUUGCGAGUCCUCUCAACCUUGCUUUAUCGCACCACUAGCGACCAAAAAGAGGGGUGCCUGAAUGCCCCUCCCUGUGAAUCACUGGCUAACGUGAAACCCGUGGAGGAGAUCAAAUCUCUCUCAAGGAUCUGGGGUGGAAAUCAAAACCAAGGACAUUCAUUUGUGGGAAAACCUGUUGUUGAGUUUAUUAUUCUUGACAUUGAUUGCUCCUGUCUAGGAUAUGGACUAAAUAAUGUUUACCUUGUGGUUGUCAAGUUGGGGUUUUCGGUUAACCGUGGUCUAAUUAAGAAAGGGUUGCAGAUUGGAUUGGGUUGUGCUAUUACUAUGUUGUUUGGAUCCUGUGGGGGCUUAAUCAGGUUGAAUGAUGUUACAUAUUUUAAUUUGCGGUAG